AUGCUGAGUUCUAGCUCAACCACUGUGAAGAGCCCUCUUUUGAAGAGAAGGCUCUGUUUCAAAAAGCUGAAACUUGUGUGCUUUGUCAGCUCAGUGUUAGUAUUUUGUGAAUUCUUAAUUUAUUAUGUGGUAAUUUUUCAAUGUCGAUGGCCGGAAGUGAAAGGUGGAGCUCACAUGGGUGAAAAAGAGACUUCAACUUCAGUCCUGAAGGCCAUGAUUUUAGCUGAUACUCACCUACUUGGUGAAGUCAAAGGACAUUGGCUGGAUAAACUAAGAAGGGAAUGGCAAAUGGAGAGAUCUUUCCAAACUGCCUUAUGGUUACUGCAGCCAGAUAUUGUUUUUAUUCUGGGAGAUGUCUUUGAUGAAGGAAAAUGGAGCUCACCUCAGGCUUGGGCAGAUGAUGUCAGGAGAUUUCAGAGAAUGUUUAAGUAUCCAGUUUCUACUGAGCUAGUGGUUAUCGUUGGGAAUCAUGACAUUGGAUUUCAUUAUGAAAUGACUACUUACAAGCUGAAUCGAUUUGAAAAGGUUUUCAACUUUACUUCAGGAAAGCUAUUAACCCGAAAAGGAAUAAACUUUGUCAUAGUGAACAGCGUAGCCAUGGAGGGUGAUGGCUGUGCCGUCUGCCGUUCCGCAGAGGCAAAGCUUGUGGCGCUUUCUCACAAACUGAAUUGCUCCCAGCAGAAACCGGAUCAUUCCAACAAAAGGUGCAGUGAUGUGGAAAAGCUUCCAGCUUCAGAACCCAUCCUUUUACAGCAUUACCCUCUCUAUCGGAAAAGUGAUGCUGAAUGCAGCGGAGAAGAUUCUGCUCCUCCAGAGGAGAAGAACAUCCCCUUUAGAGAGAAGUAUGAUGUACUGUCUCGAGAAGCAUCACAAAAGCUGAUAUGGUGGUUUCGUCCCCGUUUGAUUCUCAGUGGGCACACACAUAGUGCUUGUGAAGUGCUGCAUGCGGGGAAAAUCCCAGAAAUCAGCGUCCCAUCAUUCAGUUGGAGGAAUAGAAACAACCCUAGUUUCAUCAUGGGCAGCAUAACACCGACUGACUUCUCCCUCCAAAAAUGCUUCCUUCCGUAUGAGAGCAGAGUCUUCACUGUAUACUGUGCAGCAGGUGCUCUGCUUGUAAUCCUGAUACUAGCUCAUUUUCAGCUUCUCACUCCACUGUUUUAUUUUGCUCAGCAUUUAAUCAGUAAGCGUAAAGCAGCAUGAAGAGCCAGACAUCUGCAUUCAGUCACUGAAAUACCAAAGCUGAGAACAGUCAAACAUCAGACUAUAUUCAUGCCAGCAAAUGACCUAAUUUGAUUGCUAGUCUGAAGGCAGGUUGCAUUUACACAUACCAUAGAAGUCCUAUACAGCUGAUAUGACUACUACAGGAUAAAUAAUUAACUGAAAUGAACGUUUCAUGCUGUACAAAAAUACUGUAUUCUACAAUCAAAUGAGUCCUUUUCCUGCUAUAAUUUUUGUAUCAAAUAUGUAUAUUAAAAGCGUAACUGUACAUUAUGUAAA